GGAGCGUGGAGUUUGCCUUCGCAGGCGCUCUUAUCAUCAGCAUCGAUGUUGACCCUUUGUGGAUUUGGGGUCGUCUGUACCGCAAGUGGGAACUGUCCAUCUGGGAGAGGAAGAUCAUCGAGGGCGUCGGGAAGACCGGUGAGUGGGCGAGCAAGAGUAUAUAAUGGCCUUGCUGCCAAGCGCUACUCACAAUCUGUUUCCGAAUCGUGUUGUGACUGACCACAUCGUAAUUUCGACGUCGGAGACAGCGUUGGCCAUCUUCCAUCGCCAUGGGAUCCCAGAAGCUGCUGCAGCAUCGGCUUAUGAUUGUGGUUGCUGCCACCAUCUUCGUCGCGUUGCUCUUGGCUCAGACUGCAAGCGCGGCUGAUUACUAUACGAAAGGAAACGUGUGGAUUCGUGAUUGCGACAAAAACAAUGACGGAAUUACCGACAACCCUCCGACGUCAGACAACAGCAAAUGUCCCGGUGUGAUAGUAGUCCCGAAGGGCAAGAAAGUGUCGGUUUAUUGCAAGCGUCAAGGGCAAUGCGUAUACGGCGACUGCUAUUGGCUGUGGGCAAAAUACGAUUCGACCAUCGGGUGGAUGUCCGACUACUGGGUAGACUGCGGUGGCAAUAUCUGCCCGGUCAAUACUUGCUAGUUGAUCCUUGGAGAGUUCAGAGUUUCUGGUCAGCAACUGUGCUUACAGUAUAGGAGGAGUUUGCUACUGUGUUUUGCAUUUGCCUCCCACCCAGUGGGCGGUGGACGUAGUGUUGAUAUGUAGUGCUGCUUGGAUGGAAGCCACCAACCCAGCAACACAGCUUGAAAGUUUGCUUAGUAAAUAAGUGCCGCACUUCGGAUGAUCGAUGAGGGCGGCGCCACGUUGUUCAGAAUGCUGCCGUGGCCAGGUGCAAUGGACGUUUGAUAUCUUUGUAUGUAUUUACUCAUACUGUUUCGUGUCA